AGUGCAUCUGAGUGCAAGCUCUUUCCUCCAUCCCCACCAGAAGAGCAGCCGUGCACGAGCACGCGAGUGCGUGCGUGCGCGCGCGCGUGUGUGGGCGAGCAUCACUUCGCCGCGAUGGCGAACCAAGCGCACGGGCGCGGAGAAGGAGCCGGGCUCGCGUCCAACUCCUUGGACCUGAGCACGUCUCUCGAGCGCAGCGUGCAAACGCGAAUCUUCAAAAUCAUCGUGAUCGGCGACUCGAACGUGGGCAAGACGUGCUUAACGUUCCGCUUCACCGGCGGCUCUUUUCCGGCCAAGACGGAGGCCACGAUCGGAGUGGAUUUCAGGGAGAAGGCGGUCGAAAUCGAGGGUGAGAGGAUAAAGGUGCAGGUAUGGGAUACGGCCGGCCAGGAACGCUUCCGCAAAAGCAUGGUGGAGCACUACUAUCGAAAUGUCCAUGCUGUUGUCUUUGUCUAUGAUGUCACCAAAAUGGCCUCAUUUGAGAACCUGAAGACAUGGAUCCAGGAGUGCAACGGGCACCGUGUGUCGGCCUCAGUGCCCCGCGUCCUGGUCGGUAACAAGUGUGACCUGGUGGACCAAAUCCAGGUCCCGUCCAACAUGGCGCUCAAGUUCGCUGAUGCACACAACAUGCUGCUGUUUGAGACAUCUGCCAAAGACCCCAAGGAGAGCCAGAAUGUGGACUCCAUUUUCAUGUGCCUGGCAUGUCGUUUGAAGGCCCAAAAAUCUCUUAUCUAUAGGAAUGUGGAGAGGGAGGAUGGGAGGGUGAGGCUCAACCAAGAACCUAAUCCCAAAUCUAGCUGUCCAUGCUGAAGACCUGUGAAGCCUAGAAUAAUCUUAUCCUGUUUUCCACACCAACUGAGACUAAUGUUGAUAGCUGCAAAAAGAAAAUGUGCCUGCAACUAAUGAUGUUUUACAUUGAGGCUUUGGUUUGUCUGUUUGUCUCUGUGUAGCUUCUCUAAUUUAUCUCGCCAGUCCCAAUGUCACCUAGAAACCUUUGUUAUCCACAGACUACAGUGCCGUUUAGUGUUUGAUUUGUUGUACAUGCCUUUUUAACACUAACAUUUCAGCUAAUAUUUGGAAAGAGAGAUUUUAGUUAAUAUAUCCAGUCAGCCAGAUAACGUCCAUUUGUAUUAAUUUGUGUUCUAACAUUCAUAUGGAUUCACCUCCCAGCGCACUAUCAGCUUGAGAGAUUAUUGAGUGCAAUAAGGCAUAGGUACCGUACCACACAUGAUUAUUUAUUCAUCUAUUUGCAGUCAUUAAUUAGGUUUUACAUGAGCUAUGUAUUUGAUUGCUGUUGGGAUUUUUCGUGGCAGCCAUGCAGUUGUUUAAAUUCCUUAAUAAUGGGGCUCAUAUUGAUGUCUACCAUGUCUUUGCAUUUGCACAAUAGUGGAAGUAGUAGUCAUCCUGCAUAGUUGCAUGUUAUGUUACCAGAUAUUCUUAAUGAUGAUUACCCUGCAUGCUGAAAGUGUGAGCUGACAUAAGGAAAGAAUAUUAGGAGAGUAAGACCUAUUGAUAGUUGCAGCGAAAAAAGACACUGACAUUCCACAUCAACGCAUGCCUUUGACUGGAUAAUAUGCGGAGAUAUGAGCAAUAUGAGCAAGAUACAAGCUAACCGUUAGUGUGUUAUGUCACAUCCUAUUAAUUUUUUUUUGCAAUAUUAAAUGGUUCCAGAAGUGUGACCAGCAUUGAACCAUCUAUGAAAAGCAUAAAAAAGGUAACUCCAUCUAAUCCAAACUAUUUCCUAUGUGUCAAACGCUCAAAUUCAUCCAAUUAAUUACUAGAACAUCAGUCAUUUUAGGAAACAUCCCAGAUGCUAGAACUUGUAGAAUCCAUUCUAACAAGACAGUAUGUUUUUUUUUGUAUGAAUUUUUCAAGAAAAUAUUUAAAGUGACUGUGUGUAAUUGUGUCAGCAUACAUCAGUUUUAAGGCUGAGAAAUUAUUUUCUUUACACAUGAAACAAUCGUGUACAAAUGUUACAUGUUAAUUGUUCACUGAAAGUAAAGUUAAAUGUGUUAUGUGUAACAUAUAGUUUGAGGUCAUUGUGUCUUCUGCAUGGCUGAGUGUGUUUUAUGCGUGCCACAGCAGCGUAAUCUCUUUGCUAGCGUCUAUUUAUGAUGCAUUAUUUAUGUCUGCUGACUGAGCAACUCAAUGUCCAUUACUUGUUAGCAUGAAUUCUAAUAAUGUUCUUUCAAACACUAGUAUUUAAGAUACACCCCAUAUUAUAAAAUUCUUAGUAUUAUGUAAGGAAUAAAAUAUUCACGGCAUGCUUUUAUCGCAAAAUAAUCAACAGUGGGGUGGUGUGAUGUGUUACCACACCAAAGUUGAUUAUUUUCCAGUAACAUUACAUCCUAAAGUGUUUUAUUCCAAUUGAACCACAGCAAACUGCCAACGAUUAUUUUUUUUAUUAACUAAAGAAUGACGCCAUACGUUUUGUCCAUUUAUAGUUACUGUUGUGGAACGUCAUUUGUCACUUACAGUCAGGUCCAUAAGUAUUUGGACUGUGAUACAUUUUUUUGUAAUUUUGUCUCUGUACCCCACCACAAUGGAUGUCAAAUGAACCAGUCAGGAUGUGAUUGAAGUGUAGACUUUCAGCUUUAAUUCAAGAGAUUUAACAAAAAUAUUGCUGUUUUAGGAAUUACAGCCAUGUUUUACAGAGUCCCUCCAUUUUCCCAGACUCAAAAGUAAUUGGACAAUUAACUGAUAAGCAGUUUCAUGGCCAGGUUUGCCCUUUUUCCUGAUUAAUUCAUGACAAAUUAAGGAGAUAAAAGGUCUGGAGUUGAUUCCAAGUGUUGAAUUUGCAUUUGGUAGCUGUUCAUGGGAACUCCCAAUAUGCAGUCUAAAGAGGUGUCGAUGCAAGUGAAGGAGGCCAUCAUUAGGCUGAAAAAAACAAGACAGACUUACGGACCUGACUGUAUAUUUUAGCAGCUAUACACACCCGUUCCCUCAUCAGCGUCUCGUGUUUUCUCUUAUACACAUUUAUGUGGAGCUUCCACCAUACAAGCUCCAAUCGAUAACGUAUUAAAAGAAUUGCAUUAAUAUAAACCGUGCAGCCAGAAAUACUGUCCGCACCAUGCUGUUACAGAAAAUUAUUCAACUCCUUAGGACCAGUCAUACAAAUUUAGAAGAUUCUGGAACAAAGAUGAGUGUUAUGUGGUCAAAUAAAUGAUCCUGGAUGAAGGUACUGUUAGUGCGGACACUAAAACAAGUUCAUUUUGAAGUGUUGGUUGCACCAGUGAUUAUGUAAGCUCAGCCAGACAUUGCCAGUUCCUUAUUCAUUCCCUUUUAUAUACUUGUUCAUGCCUUGGGUUGAAGUGUUUCUUGUGUGUUCUCCAUGAGGUAGUCUGUUAUGAUUUGUCAUGUUUUUCAGACAACAGCAUUUGCAAAGCGAUGUGCUCCUGUUCCUCUGUCUGGUUCUGAGCUCCAAACCAAGAAUGAAUGCAUCCUGGGGUAAAAAAAAAAAAAAAGUGGGGAAUUUGUCUUUAGUCAUUCCAUUUUAGUCAU